AUGUCGCAAGCCUACCAGCCCCCCUCCGCCGCAGCCGGCAGCUCGCGCGGCCCAACCGUCAUCUCUACCGGCGAUGUCGUGACCCAGGACAGGGCCGUGCGCUACAUAUGCGGCGACUGUGACGCCAAGGUGACGCUCAAGAGCGGGGAGUCGAACGUGCGGUGCAAGGACUGCGGACAUCGUGUGCUGUACAAGGAGCGGACGAACAGGUGA